AUGGCAUCUUCUAAGGAAAUUCAGCAUUCUUCGAGACCUAGCCAAGGCCGACUUCCAUCACUGUCUACAAAUUCUUCGAGUUCCUAUCCACGACAGUCUCAUACAAGAAAUCACUCUCAUUCAGUAUCUGCAGGAUCACUUAUACCGAGCAGCAGGGUGACUCGACGCAAAAGUGUAUCUUCAAACGUUGCGAGUAAUGUUAAUGCACUUCUAGCUGCAGCGACAGCGAGCGAGGUUGGCGAUAAUCCUUUGGCAAUGCCAAUUUCUACACGAAGAGCAACAAUGAGGUCCGGACCUAUGGGCAGUCUACCAUCUCCACCAUCGAGUCUGCCAACUCACAGAAUAAGGUUGACUAUGAAGUCGGGGCGUGGAGAGAGUGCAAUUGACGAUGAUAACAACGACGAGGAAAUGGAGGACGAAGAAGACGACGAAUUUACAAAGAACAGAAUGAGAAGAGCGAGCGAAGGAUCACAACUCUUGAAAGAUGGCAAGAAGGCCAAUGCCAAUGAUCUCAAGUGUGACAAGUGCGGAAAAGGAUACAAGCACAGCAGUUGCUUGUCUAAGCAUUUAUGGGAACAUACACCACAAUGGUCCUACACCUCGAAAUUGUUGAUCUCAAAGCAUCAACAAGUACAGUUGCUAGAAGCGGCUGCCGUCCUUCUUGGAAUGAAUCAAGAUUCCGUCAAUACUCCACCGGACUCUGCAAAGGACCCUCAAAGUGAUGACCAGGAUUCUGCAUCUAGUCUGGGUGACCACGAGAUUGAUCGUGCCAGCUCCGCGGAUAUGACACCACCACCAGCGGAUAUACGUCACGCAUACGGUGGCAGUUCGUUCAACGGAUCAAGGAUACAUGCUGGAAAUAGUGACUCUUAUACCAUGUCGGAUAGGGUACGCUUUGGUGCUAGCGUUCCGGUCGGCUUUGGUCUUUUCCAUCAACAGAAUUAUGAGCGUCGCCCGCCCUCUUCCGGAAUGAAUGAGAAUCGAGAGGAAGAUACCUUAACCACAGCAAUGGAGGCCCACGGUCUUUCAAGCGAUUUCCCAGACGAUAUUCCUCCUGUACCUGGAAUCCCUGCUGAAUAUUUGAAUGAUCUUUCAGCAAGUUACACACCCAGCCUUCGCCCGCGGCAGAGGGAAAGUUUUGCCAGAGGGAGCUAUGACCGUCACCAACUCCAUGGAGAUGGAGAUGUACAAAUGGACGAUGGCGAUGAUAGUAUGGGAGAUGAGGAAGAUUAUGAUCUGCGUUCCCGCGGUCGUUCCGAUGAAGACGAUGAUGGUGUUUUUGGACGUAUGGAGGAAUAA